GGCUGGUUCCGACGCUGCGGGAUGGCUCUGCGCCCACUGCUCGGUGCCCGCGCUCGCCCCUUCCGACCCCACGCCACCAUGUAAGCGGCGCCCGCCGGCAGACGCUUCUCCGCGCGGGUCCGCUGCGCCCUGCCCCGGUCCCGGGCCCCUCCAUGAGGACACAACAUGCUGACUGGGGUGACCGAUGGCUUCUUCUGCUGCCUGCUGGGCACGCCCCCCAAUGCUGUGGGGCCGCUGGACAGCGUGGAGUCCAGUGAUGGCUACACCUUCGUGGAGGUCAAACCUGGUCGCGUGCUGCGGGUGAAACACGCCGGACCCGCCCAGGCCCCUGCACCGCCACCACCGCCACCCCUGGAGGCGGCCCACGAGGACAGGGCAGGCCUGGUCCGCUGCCAGCGCCGGAUCACCGUGUACCGCAACGGGCGGCUGCUUGUGGAGAACCUGGGCCGCGCCCCCAGGGCCGACCUCCUGCAUGGGCAAAACGGCUCCGGGGAGCCGCCGGCCGCCCUGGAAGUGGAGCUGGCGGACGCGGCCGGUGGCGAAGGCCGCUCGGCCCCCGGCAGCGCGGGCAGCGGCGGGCGGCGGCGGCGAGCCCGGCGCCCCAAGAGGACCAUCCACAUCGACUGCGAGAAGCGCAUCACCAGCUGCAAGGGCACGCAGGCCGACGUGGUGCUGUUCUUCAUCCACGGCGUCGGGGGUUCACUGGCCAUCUGGAAGGAGCAGCUGGACUUCUUCGUGCGCCUGGGCUACGAGGUGGUGGCGCCCGACCUAGCCGGCCACGGCGCCAGCUCUGCGCCCCAGGUGGCCGCAGCCUAUACCUUCUACGCGCUGGCGGAGGACAUGCGCGCCAUCUUCAAGCGCUACGCCAAGAAGCGGAACGUGCUCAUCGGGCAUUCCUACGGCGUCUCUUUCUGCACAUUCCUGGCUCACGAGUACCCAGAUCUGGUACACAAGGUGAUCAUGAUCAAUGGCGGGGGCCCCACGGCCCUGGAGCCCAGCAUCUGCUCCAUCUUCAACAUGCCCAGCUGCGUGCUGCACUGCCUGUCCCCCUGCCUGGCCUGGAGCUUCCUCAAGGCUGGGUUUGCCCGCCAAGGGGCCAAAGAGAAGCAGCUACUGAAAGAGGGUAACGCAUUCAAUGUAUCAUCCUUUGUCUUGCGGGCCAUGAUGAGUGGCCAGUACUGGCCCGAGGGUGACGAAGUCUACCAUGCUGAGCUCACCGUCCCUGUCCUGCUUGUCCAUGGCAUGCAUGACAAGUUCGUGCCAGUGGAAGAAGACCAGCGCAUGGCUGAGAUCCUGCUCCUGGCUUUCCUGAAGCUGAUCGACGAAGGAAGCCACAUGGUGAUGCUGGAGUGCCCAGACACAGUCAACACGCUGCUGCACGAGUUCCUGCUGUGGGAGCCUGAGCCCUCGCCCAGGGCUCUGCCAGAGCCCCAGCCCCAGCCUGCUGAGGAGAAAUAGUGGGAAGCCAGCAGUGCAUCUUGGUGAGCAGAGCCUGGGGUUGACCUGGCUGACAGGAGUCAGAGCCAGGUCUGCAGCUUGCACCACCAGGGCAGGCUGGGUACCCUCAGGUGGGUGGGGCAGGCAUUGGACACGCCCUCGGAUUAUCCGUUCCAGUUUCACGGUGGGCAACGCCAUGCAGGGGACAUGCCCCAGAGUAUCAUUUUUCCCAGUGGGCAUGGCCAGACAGGGGCAUGCCCCAGACAAAAUUUCCCCUGGUGGGCAGGGCCACGCCCAGACAGGUGGUCCCCCCGUGGGCGGGACCAGGACAGGACACGCCCCCAGGCAGUCCGGGUGGGCAGGCCCUCUGGAAGCCAGGGUCAGCCAGGACCCCUGCGGAGGACGAGGAUGGCUUUGUACAGAAUCCCACUCCAUCCCUGAGCCACAGCCCAGGCAGGCCCCGCCCUACGCUGUCUUCAGUGUCAGCCAUGCUUGGUCCUGGGACCCACAAGCACCCUCGGGGUCUCCUUCCCCGAUUCCUUGUCGCUGGGGACUGUUGUUACCCUGGGGGGCACUGGGGAAGGGUCUGGCAGCCCCAAACCUGCACAUCUCAAGCUGUAACUCAAUAAACAGAAGUGACAAUCGGA